CAUGGCAUUUGUGAUAAAUUGAUUAUAGUUAAACAAAAGUUUCACUUUGUACCAGUCCUGCAGCAGAAAGCCAAUUCUUCAAAGAAAUUUUAACAGCUUACGAGAGAGUAAAAACAAUUUAACUUUGGUAACAAACUUUUGUUGCAAUACAACAUGUACAAGCAUUUAACGGACAACCAUAUGAAGAAGUUGUUCGAGCCUUACGUGCCUUCAGGCACAGACAGAAAUAAAAGAACUGUAUGAAGAGGAAGCAUUCAACAUUAAGAAAUAAAUAAUGGAAAGUCACUGAACAGGGUCUACCCAAAGAACUAACAACGACACCGCAAGGGCACCAUGGUCUUCAACAAGAAGAAAGCGUACGAAAAACUCGUAAAUGCAGUGAGUUGUGGAAAUUUCGAGAAAGUCAAAAUACUUUUGGAUGACCUAAAAAGAGCCGGAAAAAAACACACUCUGGCGAGUUAUAGGGCCCAUGAAGGGGAAUCCAUGCUCCACAUCGCCGCCAAAUUCAACCAAAGUAGCGAGAUAACCGAAUGUUUGGUCAAGUUCUGCCCUGAACUAAUGACAAUUGCACGGAAGGAGUCCAAAAACUACUUCGGUCAGACAGCCCUUCACGUGGCCAUCGCCGUGUGCAACAUUGAAAUCGUGAAGGUUUUACUUUCCCAGGUGUACAGUGAGAGUCAGAGUGUGAGGGCAGCCUUGCUACAACAGUGCGCAUCCGGGGACAUGUUUGCAAACACAGUCAUGAUGGGGGAGCUCCCUUUGUCGGUAGCCGCAUUGACCUUUAACGAACAAAUGAUCGACCUCCUGCUGAGAAAUGGUGCCGAAUUGGAGAGACAGAACACCAAAGGUGAGACGGUGCUUCAUUCGUUGAUACGAUACGCUGCCAUAUAUCCAGAGCAUGCGCGGAAGGUUCAUUUAACCAUGGAGUAUUUGCACGAGAAAAUCAUAAGCAUAAAAUCAGCAAGCAUGGACAACGACCAAAACAGCAAGUCCUUUGUGUGGUUCAUCCCAAACCACCAAAACCAGAAUCCCCUUCAACUCAGUGCUAGUCUUUCACAACCUGAUAUUUUUGAAUUCAUCCUUCAACUUAGGAACGUGUACUGCUUUUUCAAUAAUCAUGACGGUCUAUUUGAUGAGAAGUCCUAUGACAUCACCGACAUUGACACCAUAGCAACGGAAAAGUGGGCACUGGAGCAGACACAGAAACAUGAACGCUUGAAACGAUACGUGGCUCCCACAAAUGCAGAAGGAGUAUCGAAAGAAAAGUUUUCCCAACAGACAACUAUUUCAUGUGAUCCUUUUGCAUUGUUUAGGAGGCAAAAGCGAAAGUCUGUUCUCGAAACCAUGUUCGAUAUAAAAAGCUCUUCAGCUUUUGAAUUCAUUCAACAAGAUAUUGUGCAUCAUGUGAUAAAAACAAAAUGGCUGACUUACAGAUACUUCUACUACGCUUGGGGUUUAUUUCACUUGCUAUUCAUGGUGGCUUUAACAAUUUAUGGUGUCUACAGAGCUGAAACUUACGAAGACAUAUUACCCCAAGACGGCAAUAUCUCCACGACAACUUCGGUUUCCAUGACAACCAAGUCAAACCCCACACAUGAACAGCAAGGACUUCUUAAUGUUUUCAUGUGGAUAUAUCUGGUGGUAGGAAUUCUGUACUUUAUUCAGGAAUUAUUUCACCUGUUUUUCCGGGUCAAGUCAUACGAGCUAGUCCAGCUAGUGAACAUCCUUCACAACGGCAUCUACCGCAUCAUUCUCACCAUUUUCUCUGUGUGCCUCAUACUAGACGUCAUACUGACCAGGUCCAUCACUAACUACGAGAAUCAUACUCUCAUGAUUGGGCUAAUCACGGGAUGGUGGUUCACAAUGUUCUUCACGCGGGCCUAUAAAAAGUUCAGCUUCUUCACAGUAAUGAUCCAAAAGAUCAUCUUCGGGGACAUGAUUCGGUUUUCCCUUUUGAUACUUUUCAUGCUUAUAGCCUUCACCACCGCCCUGCACAUGACCUUCAAGGGGUCAACGACCUCAAAUACCGACCUUGUAUCCUUCCAGCACACCAUGCUGCUCAUGUUUAAACUCAUGCUGGGUCUGGGUGAAAUCGAAGAACUUUACGAGGCUAGAAGACCCUGGAUAGCUGUUACCCUAUUUGUAAUUUUUGUCAUAUUGACAUACGUCCUUAUGCUGAAUGCGCUCGUGGCCAUGAUGUCUCAGACUUGCACGCUAGUCUCCGAAAAUAGGCAUGUACAAUGGCGUGUCCAGCAGCUGUCCAUCAUAAUGUUCUUCGAGGGAAUCCUGCCUCCUUUUAUGAAAAAGCAGGUCGGGAAAAAUGUUGAAGUUAACAGGUACGACCAAAACACCAGAACAAUCGACAAACAAAACCGCUUUUUCUUGGACAGGAGUGCAAUGAUUCAGAACAGAGAAACACAACUGAGCAAACGAAUGAGCAAUAAGAACCGCAUAGAACCAAAGGAUGACACAGAUUCGUAUGUAGGAAAUCCCCAACAACGGGAAAUACCCCAGCAAAUGGCGAGUCUCCAAAAUCCGAGGCAUCAAAUAUCGCAGGUGCAGCCUCAAGAUGGGUCAACCAAUCAGCAUGCUCCGCCUUGCUCUCUGGAUAUAAAUAUCAUCAGUGACAGUCACAUGUGAACAUGAGUAUGUGGAAUAGCUGCCCGCUGAAAAGAAUGUGAUAUUUGAAGUGCUUUGUUGUGUUUUUUGUAUUUACAUUUACGGAGAAUUUAUAGACUUUUAAAACCCUGAUCAUCAAUUUG